GGGUCCUCAGCACACGGGUUUGUUUAUAUCCACGUCACCAGGAAGUACAUCCUGAACUGUCCCAGUUCAAAAUGCAGAGACAGGACUCCCAGGAUGCUCCUCUGUUCGGGGAGGAUUACGACCACAACAAACCACGGUCGUCUAAAAUCAAACACCCUCUGGCGUCAUUCUUCCACCUCUUCUUCCGAACAAGUGCCAUUUUGAUCUACUUGAUUUGUGACGUCAUCAGCAGUCGUUUCAUCGUGUCCAUGGUCACCAUCAUCCUCCUGCUGUCAUGUGACUUCUGGACUGUGAAGAAUGUAUCUGGCAGGUUGCUGGUCGGCCUUCGGUGGUGGAAUCAGGUGGAUAAAGAUGGAGGGAGCCACUGGGUGUUUGAGUCGAGGAAGACACACAGUGGGAACAUAGCAUCCAGUGCUGAUUCACGGAUCUUCUGGCUCGGACUUAUCGUGUUCCCCGUCAUUUGGUUCAUCAUGGUGUUCAGCGCCAUCUUCUCCUUUAAGAUUAAAUGGCUGGCUGUUGUGAUAAUGGCCAUGAUUUUACAGUGGGCCAACUUGUACGGUUAUGUCAGAUGCAAGGUGGGCGGAAAGUCCAGCCUGGGAAGCAUCGCAAAGAACUACCUUGGUGUCCAGAUUUUAAAACGGGCAAUGAAGAAAGGCGAGGGACCAUGAAUUUGAGGUGGACAUCACAACCAAUCUGCAGUGUAAUGGAGAAGAAGACUGGAUGAACACAUUUGCUUGAUUCAAGUUUAAAAGGUGGCUGGUCCUUUCUGAGGGUGAAGAGAUUUUGUAUGUGUCGUUUUCUCUGGAUUCUUUGUUUGAAGAUUUCCCUAGGUUUUCUGUAAAUUCCAAUUUAAAUACAGUUCCUAGAGCAAAUUUCACUAAUUUAUUCUAACAGUUCAUCAGUGUAGAGUUCAGUGAUUCUGACUGCAGUUUAUUUAGUCAGGUGAUCUCAUUGACAUCAAGGUGUCUUUUGUAAUCUCUGAACAAAUUACAUUAACACAAGAUCACAACAAGACAACUCAGAAACUGAACACAAUCAUCAAACACACACACAACCAGAUGUAUUCCAGCAGUAAGACGUAUGGUAUUGGAAACAUUAACAUUAAGAGGGUGAUGUUAUAAAUGCACGGAAAUCAGGGCACUUUUGUUCCAAAUAUUGAAGCGUCAAAUGAGUUUCCUUUUGACUUGAAGUUUUGUUACUGUUUGCUGUCAGGCAGAAUCUAUGAAUGUGAAAGGGAUAUUUUGGGAACACGCAAAUCAUUUUGUAAGUGGCUACUAAUCAAACCUAGGAUGUGGGUAUUUAUACCAAUUUUUUCUUUUUGAAAUCAAACUGUAUUAUAACUGACAUUCCAGGGUAUGGGAGGGAGAAGUGUUGUGAAUCGGUUCCGGUUUUGUACAAAAACUGUUCAUUUACUCAGGUCUGUUUAGUAAAUGAGAGAAUAAAGUUUUUCACAUUUUUGAAAUGUGAGACUUAUUAA